UGUGGUUGCGUGCAAAAAAUGAACAACUUAAGUGUGUAACUCAAAUAGAAUUGUACAUAAAAAAUAGAAAUAGAAACGGAUUUUUGAUUAAUGAGUUUUAUACAUGUCUUUUGUUUCUAAAAAAGAUAGAAUUGCAGUUUAAAUAAUUGUUGCCAAAUUUGAUCUAAAGUGAAGAUUUUUUUGUAAAAAGUUUCAAGGUGUUUGGAUAUGAACUGUGCUACUGUGUGAACGAUAAUUAGAAAGAUUUAAAUAAGAAAAUCACCGGAAUGUUAAACGGUACUUAAGGACAAAGUGGAGACAAAACUUUAUGGGUAAGACAAGCUUGUCUUUGAUUUAUGGCUUCUGUUACCAGUUUAACCGUGUUUUUGUUUAAAAAAUGGCUAAACUUGCAAUGCUUUUUAUGAAAACGGACAAUUUGGAACGCUUCAUUUUAAGACUUUCAAAAGUGGACGAGUUAACAGCUGCGUUUAAAGACUAUCAAAAGUGGAUCAUUUAAACGCUGCGUUUUAAGACUAAUAAAGGUGCAUUUUUGGAAUGCUGCAUUUAAAGACUAUAAAAUUGGAUAGUUAUAACCCUUAUGACUAUCAAAAGUGGACAAUAUUAACGCUGCAUUUGUGGUCUAUCAAAAGUGGACAAUUUGAGAGCUGCGUUUUAAGACUCUCAAGUGGACAAUUGGAGCGCUGCGUUUUAAAACUAUAAAAAUGGACAGUUGGAGCGCUGCGUUUUAAGACAAUCAAAAGUGGACAAUUGGAACGCUGCGUUUUAAAACUAUAAAAAUGGACAGUUGGAGCGCUGCGUUUUAAGACAAUCAAAAGUGGACAAUUGGAACGCUGCGUUGAAAUACUAUCAAAGGUGGACAUCUGGAGCGCUGCGUUUUAAGACAAUCAAUUGUGGAUAACUGGAACGCUGCGUUGAAAUACUAUCAAAGGUGGAUAAUUGGAACGCUGCAUUUUACGUCUAUCAAUAGUGCAUUAUUAAACGCUGUGUUUGAGACUAUCAAAGGUGGACAGUUGGAGCGCUGCGUUUGAAGUCAAUCAAAAGUGGACAGUUGGAACGCUGUAUUUUACGACUAUCAAAAGUGGAUAAUUUGAACGCUGCGUUUUAAGACUAUCAACAGUUUAUACAUUGGAACGCUGCAUUUUAUGUCUAUCAAAGGUGGACAAUUGAAACGCUGCGUUUGAAGUCGAUUAAAAGUGGACAGUUAGAACGCUGCAUUUUGCUUUUCAAAAGGGCAUAAUUGGAAUGCUGUAUCAAAAGUGAACAAAUGGAACGCUGCAGUUUAAGUCUAUCAAAAGCACAUAAUUUCAACGCUGUAUUUAAGUCUAUCAAAAGUACAUAAUUCAACGCUGCAUUUAAGACUAUCAAAAUUGGACAAUUGGCACACAACGUUUUAGGACUAUCUGUACAUACAAGGAAUAAGAUUUACACAUGGUAUUGGCAUUAGUUAUCAAAAUAUGUUGAUAAAUUUCACUCACUGCAAAAAAUUGACUAACGUUCGUGCGGCAGUGAAUCAUUUUCACCCCCUCGAAAUGAGUUUCAAUCGUUGGGAUGCUUAACUUCGAAUAUAUAAAAGACAAUUCUACGGCUAUUCGGAUUGCUAUGGAUCUAUGGACAUCCACCUUUAUACUUUAUUGGACGGUUUUGACAACCUUAUUUGAAAACGCUUUAAGUCAGUGCUCGGGAAGUCCCUUGACCAUCACAGCAACAGAGACUCCGACAAAGUUGACAACAGCUGGGUACCCGACAGCGUACUCAAAUGACCUCUACUGUGAGUGGCUAGUCGACUCGGGCGUGGCAGGCCAACGCCUUCUGCUCUACUCUGACGACGUCGACGUCAACUGUCCCGGAGACUCGUUUACCAUCUACAACGGUAAUAGUACUACUGAUGCCAUUUUAGAGGGACCAACGUGUGGGAAUUCAGCGACAACAAACGUCUUUUGGACGUCAGGUCGCUACGCAUUAUUGACAUUCACAACAGACGCGUCAACAGUUCAACGUGGGUUGCAGAUGACUUACGUCACCGCUGCUGAUACUUCUGGCAGUGCUUGUACCGCUGAAUAUACGCUUACAGCCUCUAGCACGCCUCAGUAUCUCACCUCCGAGGGUUUUCCCGGAAAAUAUGCCAGCAACAGCAACUGUCGAUGGCAUAUCAAAGCUUCCACCACAUUGUCAACUGUGUUUCUAGAAGUAGUCUUCAGUGACAUAGAAAACGAUGAUUCAUGUAGAUACGAUAAAAUGGUUAUAUAUGACGGAAGUUACGUUUGCGAAAACCAGUUGAUUCAUACGGAAUGUCCAGAGCGGACCAGUGCGGAUUCGACACCUUCAAGCAAUUUGACUUCUUCCGGUGACAGUUUUACCAUUAUUCUUUCAUCAGACACAUCAUUUGAGAGACACGGAUUUAUAAUUAAAUAUUAUGAACACUUUGUGAACUACACAACGACGACCUUUUCAACUACUAGUCUGACUUCAAGUGUUGCCAUGACCACGAAAGGAAACACAGCUUUGCUUUCGGAGCAGCAGACAACAACUAGUCAAAAUUUACAAAUAAGUAUACCAAUCAUGGUAUCGUGUGCGAUAGCUGGGGCAGCCACAGUGCUUGGGGUGAUAGCAUUAUGCUGGAUGGUAAAGCAUAUAAAGGCUAAGAAAAGGGCCAAGAAGGGACUCAUAACAGUUCGGGCAAUAGCACCUCUACCGCCGAGGAGGACAACCGCACUGCACCAAAGACCUUCAUCUAGUGUGUUAGCCUUUGUUUGAUGUGGUCAAUUAGAAGAUUGCAUAAUUAAUGUGUUCUUUCUUUCAUUUAUGCUUUGAGUGGCUGUGUUUGAUAAGUGGAAUAAGCUUGUAAUUUGUGUUGGCGAUAUCACGGAUAUACAAACCAUGGAUUUAAAAAAACUGUCCGAUAUCGAUGAACGAAAAGAAGUAAUUAUUUACCCACAAUCCUAACCUCGCCAUCGCCAUAUAUCGGGCAGUAUUUCGUUAGGCAAUACUGGGCGAUCUCCGUAAAUGUCCGUCAGCUCUGCUUAUAAAUAGGACUGACGUUGUUUAUAAUUAUAUAUCCGUGGUGAUAUGAAUUGUGUUUGUGAUGUGUUUCAUGAACAUGUGUGAAAUACACUGACUUAUCUUAUUGACAUUAUGUUGCUUAAUUGUUAU